UGCUGUCGAGUGCAGCAGGGAGGAGGAGAAGAAGGAGAGCGGCGCGGCGCGGUGGGUCGUGGGGGGAUGGCCGCUGUUGCAUUGCACACAAUCACCAAAAUAGGACAGAAGCGACCGGCUGUGACGUCCCUGCUUGCACUAAAUUGAGCCCUCCGUGUUUAUGUGUGUAUAUGGAGAAGAGCAACCAAGAACAACAGUCAUCGACGAGAAUUCAUGGACAAAAGAAAGAUACAAUGUCACAGAAGCAGAAUGAGGUCUACACCUAUGACUUCUGUGACCCGGAUCAUCCAGCUGAGAUUCUGGAUGCCCUCAGGCAUUUCUACCUCAAUGGACUUUUUACAGACAUCACUCUGCAAUGCGCCGAUGACUCGGAGCGUGUGUUCCGCUGCCACAAGGCGCUAUUGUCCGCCAGGAGCUCCUACUUCCAGAUUAUGUUCACAGCUGAUAUGAAGGAGAGGUCCAACAGUGUCAUCAAGCUGGCCGGAGUAGAUUGCGAGGUUCUAGCGGUUUUGGUGGAUUACGUUUACACGGCUCAAGUGAGCAUCACGGAGAAGAAUGUGCAAAGCCUGCUGGAGGCCGCCGAUCUGCUGCAGUUCAUAUCGGUCAAAAGUGCGUGUGAAAGUUUCCUAGUUCGCCUUCUAGAUGUGGACAACUGCUUGGGCAUGCAUGCGUUCGCUCAACUCCACCUAUGUUCGCGACUGGAACGUGAGUCCAGGAGGGUGAUGCUGAGCAGGUUUGGAGAACUGAUCCAGCAAGAGGAGUUCCUGGAACUGGACUCCAAUAAGAUCCGGACGUUACUGCAGAAACUCAAGGUGCCGAGGGAUGAACUGCUGAUUGACGCGGUGACCAAAUGGGUGAUCCACGACUUGGCGAACCGUAUGGAUCGCACUGUGGACCUGUUGCGAUCAAUCCAUCUGGACCUGGAUGAGACUACUUUCCAGCAGUGCCUAGCAACGAGUGACGAAAGAUUCAAAUCGACGCUCACUCAGGCUCUGACCCCCAAAAGUAAAGCGAGAACCGCGGAUGGAAAAACCAACGUUUACAUUAUUGGAGGAUACUACUGGCAUCCUCUUUGUGAAGUUCACAUAUGGGAGCCUACAAGCGACACGUGGCAGCGAGGAAAAGACAUGCCGGACCAUGCGAGAGAGAGCUACAGCGUGGCUUUACUCGGGGCCGACAUCUACGUGACGGGAGGCUACAGGACCAACACGGUCGAGGCCCUUGACGCGGUUUUUAUUUACAGCUGUGACUAUGACGAGUGGACGGAGGCGAGUCCCAUGAUCACAGCCAGAUAUUACCAUUGUUCGGUUGCUUUGCACGGCUGUAUUUAUGCUAUCGGAGGUUAUAGAGGAGGAGCUCCAGAGCAGGAGACAGAAUGGUACGAUCCACUAAAGAAGAAAUGGUUCCCUGGGGCAAGAAUGAUCCAAGGUGUAGGAAAUGCCACUGCUGGUGUGAUGGGAGAUAAAAUCUACGUGACCGGAGGCCACUAUGGAUUCAGGGGAAGCUGCACGUAUGAGAAAAUUCAGGUCUACAUGCCAGAUAUCAACGAGUGGAGCAUUAUUACAAUAAGCCCUCAUCCAGGUAUCAGUCCGAGAAGAUCAAAGAGGAAUAUACCGUAUAUUUAUCUGGCAUUGCGUUUCAAUUGCGAUUCCCAUCUUCUUUUUUCAGAGUAUGGACUGUGUUCUGUGUCUCUUGAGAACAAACUUUAUCUGGUCGGCGGACAGACGACGAUCGCAGAUUGCUAUGACACACAGAGAGAGGAAUGGAGCUCGAUAUCGGUGAUGAAGGAGAGGAGAAUGGAGUGCGGCGCUGCGGUCAUCAAUGGUUGCAUCUAUGUCACAGGGGGCUACUCCUAUUCUAAAGGGACUUACCUGCAAAGCAUUGAGAAGUACGACCCAAAAUUAGACACGUGGGAGAUUGUCGGGACGCUUCCGAGCCCGUCCAGGUCACAUGGAUGUGUCUGUGUGUACAGUGUUUAAUGUUGAGAUCUUUACAUACUUCUUGGUUGCUGUAUGCCAAGUACAAAUACCGUUUUUUUCCAUGUAUAAUGCCCCCCCAUGUAUAAUACGCACCCUAAAAAUGGCAAGUUGAUGCUGGAAAAAAACCUGUACCCAUGUAUAAUACGCACCCAAAUUUUGACUCCUACUUAAGUCCGUAAACGUAAAAUUAUUUCAGAAAAAAGAUAAUCUUUGGGAACAACCGGAUGUUAUUCUGUCGGUCAGUAUCACUGCGCAUGCGCUAGCAAACUCAAUAGCGAAGAAACGUUUCGGAUUUUUGUAGGGUACAUUGUGACAGCAAACGAGCAGGUGAUUAGGCAAGCGUCUGAUACGAGAGCAUUGUGUUCGUAUGGAGCGUGUUUGAAGUGAACAGCAGAGAAGAAAGCGCAUCUGUAAUGGCGGCCUCCGUAUCAUAUCCGGAUUAAAAAAAAAAAAAAAUUGUACCCAUGUAUAAUGCGCACUCCAGAUUUUAGGACAAUAAAUUAGUUAAAUUUUGCGCAUUAUACAUGGAAAAAAACGGUACAUUGAAUGACCAGAUGUGCCCAUCGGGAAACUAUGCAAGUAUUAAUGAAUAUUUUUUAUUGACCUUACAAGAUGAAGAGUUACGUCAUAUUUGUGUUGGAUAUUCAUUUACUCAAAAGAAAAAGCAUCAAUCAGAACAACAACAAUGACCUUAGUUGCUCUUCCUGGGGCUUUUAGAUUGGCCUGUGGAAAACCAAUUGCAUUACACAAAAGAACUAUUGAUGAUUCCAUUACUUACACACAUUUGUCCACACUAAAGCCCUGUAAUAUUUGUUGCAAACUGGUUACUUGAAAUGUAUUUACUCUAUUAAUUUAUUUUAAA